AGUCUGUCAAAAGGCAGACCCGCAGCCCUACCAGCUUCUUACCCCUGCACCAUAUACUUGACAAAACCGUCAACUAUCAUUGCUUGCCGCCUGUACGACGUUAUAUUGGGGAAUUUCCAGUCGACUCCUAAGCUGUUGUCGCUGAACGGAGAGAUCUGAUGUGCAGCAGCCUGCUGCUUCUCGUUCGACCUCCCUGUCGCAUGCGGAGUUCGACGCACUUCUCAGGUUCAAGAAAAUGGGAGUCGAUCUUCUGCCAUCGGGGCAGAUACACACUAAAGCCGACCACCCCCCGGUGAACGCAGCUCUGGGCGUCCCGCUAUAUUGCCUCGGCGGAGUGCUCGUGCUAUUCUUUAUCGGCCGCGCCUGCAUACAAUACCACCACCGCUGCCGACUCAAAGAGGCCCUGCAGAAGAACGAUCAAACGCGAUUCGUCCGGCCCAACCAGCUGGCGGCCAGCCUCAAGAAGCAUGUCUUCUACGCGCCGCUGCUGUCCACGCGCCACAGCCGCGAGUUUCGACUGCUGGGUCGGUUUCACAUGGGCGCUCUGCCGCUGCGGCUUGAGACGGCUCUGUUGGCGGGAUACGUAGCGUUGAACCUCAUCUUCAUCGUCGCUCUCAUCGACUGGUGGCAGAUUUACAAGGAGAAGAUGUUCCAGCUGAAGUAUGCAGCGGGCCACCUGGCUAUCAUGAACUCUCCGGCGCUGGUUCUAACCGCCGGCCGAAACAAUCCUCUGAUCUGGCUGCUGGGGGUGCCGUUCGAUACAUUUAACUUAUUGCACCGGUGGGUUGGACGGGUCAUGGUUGUCGGCGCAAUUGUACAUAUGAGUUGUGUGGUAGCGGGGGAAGCCAAAGAAAUGACCAUGGCCGAGGUUACGCAUAUUUUGUGGACCAAACCAUUCUUCAUAUGUGGAUUGAUUGCUCUUAUAUCUUUUGUCGUGAUCUUCUUCCAAUCGCUGUCUCCGAUCCGCCACGCCUGGUACGAGGCGUUCCUGCAUUUCCACAUCAUAUUAGCGAUCUUGGCGUUCGUGGCAUUGUGGUACCACCUGCAGAACCUGGCCAUGCAGAAGGUCCUGCUGGUGACGUUGAUCUUGUGGGGAUUAGAUAGAGCGGGACGACUGGGCAGCGUCAUCUGGCGCAAUUUCAGCAAACGCCGGACCACGGCCACUGUAGAACUUCUUCCUGGCGACGUUGCCCGCGUUGACGUGGUCAUGGCACGCUCGUGGAAUUUCCGAGCUGGCCAGUACAUGUACCUCUACAUCCCGUCGCUGGGGCUAUGGACGUCCCAUCCGUUUUCAGUAGCAUGGACUUCGUCCGAGCCGAUGAGCACCGACGAAAAACGCACUUCCGGCGACUCGUUCAAUUUGUUAUUGGACCCAACGGAGCGGACGACCAUGUCGUUCUUGAUUAAGAGGCGCGAUGGAUUCACCAACAAGUUACUUGGGAAGGUUAACAAAGUGGAAGAGGGCCGGUUCAGUGCUACUGCGCUGGCCGAGGGGCCCUUCGGCGGGCUGCAUUCCCUCUCCUCGUAUGGAACGGUUCUACUCAUAGCGGGAGGUAUCGGAAUCACGCACCCAAUGUCGUACAUACACGAGUUCAUCAACGGCAUCGCAGCGCGAGCUAUCGCCGUACGACGCGUGAGUUUAGUCUGGGUCGUGCGAAGUCCAGAUCAUCUGACCUGGAUCCAACCCUGGAUGACCUUCCUCCUCAACCACCCCGUAAUUCAAGUCCCCACCGACCAAAAAGAGCACUCCUACUUUGAAUUCCUCGAUCUAGACUUCUCCCUCUCCAUUCACAUCUUCCUCACCACGAAAGGCGCCUCCUCCCCCGACGACGAAAAAGAUAACACAUCCGACAAAAGCCCCUGGGCGGAAGCCGUCCCGUCCACAGUGCCACUCACCAUCACGCUGGGAAAGCCUUGUUUUGGCGAGAUCGUCGAAGACGAGGCGGCGCAGCAGGUCGGUGCGAUGGCCGUUAGUGUUUGCGGCCCCGGGGGUAUGGGUGAUGAUGUGCGGAGGACGGUGAGGAGUAAGCAGGGACAGACGACGGUGGAUUUGUAUGAGGAGACGUUUUCGUGGUAGAUUUUCGAACACCUUCUUUUCUUCUUUCUUUUCUUCCUUCCUUCUCUCCUUCCUUUCUUCCUUUCUUUCUUGCCUUUUUUGCCCCUUGAGUAAGUGUUGUUGUUAUGUGAAUGGUGUUGUGUUGUGUUGUGUUGUGUUGUACAGUUUGCCCGGUGAUACCAUAGCUCUUGCUAUCUCAUGUCGAAUUUUUAUAUAUAUCAGAAAGUGAGUUAGAAGAAUUGGUUUGUUUACUUCUACACUGCGUUUUUUUCACUUCUCUAGAGAGAUGUCCAAGAACUAGGGCCCUUUUUCUUUUUAUUUUUUAUUUUUAUUUUUGGUAGUAC